AUGUUCCUUAGAAUGGAGCCCAUUCCAAAACUUCUUGCUGGACUUAUUCUGUUGACUUGGUGUGUGGUGGGCUGCUCCGGCCAGCACUGGUCCUAUGGGUUGCGCCCUGGGGGAAAAAGAAAUGCAGAAAAUUUGAUUGAUUCUUUUCAAGAGGUAACCAAAGUGGUGGAUCAACUAGCAGAACCUCAGCGCUUCAAAUGCAUCCUCCACAAGCCACGUUCUGCCCUCGGGGAGCUGGAAGGAGCGCUGGAGAGUCUGAUUGAAGAGGAAACUGGGCAGAAGAAUUUCAAUCCACUGGUCCAGAAGGAGUGACAACACCUAAGUAUCAUUCUGACUUUGAAAUUUGUGACCCAUUUAAUAUCUGUAAAUUGUGUGAAUUUCAGAAAUUCUUACGAGCAAGUUGCACGUAUUUCAUAAUGAAGUAGUGUCAAUAAAGUGGCAUCGAUGUUAAUUAACUAAGUCUUUCUCUAACUCAAACCUCUGGUGGGGGAGGGACAUUGUAAGCCCACAAUGGGGAGUCCUCCAAAUGUGUUACAGGGACAGAUGAGGGGAGAGAUAACACAAAGUCACCACUAUUGUUGGCCAGGAAUCUCAUGGUCUCCUCCACCACCACCCUGUAUCCACAAGGGCAA